AUGUCUAGGGAUAUGGAAUUCUCAUUUGAGAAGUGUGGGGAGGUUUACGAGAAGAAUGCAGUGGCAGCUGAUGUACAAAGACGAUGUGAGAGACCUUCAAGUCGCGCUCGGGGGUCAAAUAGCCGCGAUCAGCAUGCUUUUAAUGGUUCAGACGACGAUUCGAGGCAGAUUCUUGAAGCUAUCGAUAAGCAGACUCAGCACUUCGAAAGCUGCUCUCGUAGCUUGGAGGGUCUUCAUCUCAAAGCAGAUUCCACUAACAAUCAGGAACAAACAUUACAGACAUAUCAUGCAGAAGUUCAAGAGAUUGGCCCAAGGCUACUCGAAAUUCGAGACCAGUCCUCGACCAUCCAAGAGACAACCCAAGAGACAUCUCAACAAUUAUUGGUCGUUACUCAGCAGAACUCAUCUUUGUUAUCCAGCAUGACUAGAUUGCUGUUCAUGAUCACGUCCGGAAUGCUCACCCUGCACUCCUUGCGAAAGAAGGUCUCUGACCUAGUUCAACUAUGGUCAACUUUCACGGCAGAAAUGCGAAAUUUCUCGAAGCAAACACUACUAAUGUUUGCACAAAUACACGAGGCUCUCAGCCGGAUCGAGGGGAAUCUGCCCAAGAGCAUCAUGCUACCAAGUGUUUUCUUCCAAGAUCUCUGGGGAAACACUAUGUACGUCCCGUUGCAGAUAUGCCAAAGCUUUAAAUCCCUUCACACUUUCAUUGGCAUUCUCUUGGAUGGAAAAGCGGAAAGGUGGUUUAUCGAGGCUGGCCACUACGGCAUCAUAAGGACCCGAACCCGGAGGAGAAUCACUUCAUCACAAGCAAUAAACGCAGGCGAUCAAUUGGCAAUGGCAGUUAUACUUUGGAAUCUGCCCUUGGACCGGCACCGUCCUUUCCCGAAUUUUCGUAUUCCAUUUCCUCUCAUGGAUAAUCAGCAAAACAGAGCGCUCAUAUGGUAUGCUUCGCCGCCAUGA